AUAAGAUUAUACAUAUAUGUAUUUUAUUUAACAAAGUCUUCAACAAUAAUAUAUAAAUUGCAAAAGUCAUGUAAAUGAAUCACGAAAUGAGAACAAUUUGAACUUCCUAGAAGAAGAAUAUGAUCCGUUCGAAUUAGCGAAAACAUGUUGCAAAAUUGGAGCCCUUAUGCCAGAGAGUACGAUCCCUUAAAAGCAGGUAGUAUCGAUGGGACAGAUACGCAACCUCAUGACAAGGCUGUUAGUAGGGCAAUGAUAAUGCACUAUGAGCCACCGCACAAUCUAGAAUCUAAGGCGGAAAGAACUAUAUUUGUAGCUAGGCUUGGUCCAAAAAUUACUAAUUACAAUCUGAAAGAGUUUUUCAGCAAAUAUGGAGAUGUUAUUUCGGCAAAAGUGAUAGUAGAUGUAGUAACUGGACUCUCUCAAGGAUAUGGUUUUGUGGAAAUGAAAAGUGAAGAGGAAGCUAAAAGAGUGUUAAGACGAACUGUCGAUGCCACAUUAAAAGGAUAUAAAAUUUUUAUUGAUUACGAAUGUGGUCGUAGCUUGAAAGGAUGGAAGCCGAGAAGACUUGGAGGUGGUUUUGGUGGCAAAAAAGAAUCGGGUCAACUGAGAUUCGGAGGAAAGGAUAGACCAUUUAAACGACCAAUUGUACCUAAUAUUUUAAAGCCAAAAAAAUAAAUAGUCUCUACGUUGACAUUUAUGACACUAUUUUCAUCGACUCUGUUGCUAUCUUUUCCUAUCUUCUCUCUCUGUCUUUCUCUCUCUCUUUCUCGUUUAUUAUUCCAACACAUUAAUAAAGCAAUUG